CUCUUCUAGAAGUCCCCAUCAUCACAGCUGCCACUCGAGGACUCUCUCUCAUCCCACACUCUCUCUCUCCACAGUGUGUACCCAUUGCCUCAUCUAUCAUUCCACUACCACACACAUUACACACUGUUUCUUUCUUCUUUACUCGACUUCUCUUUUCGAUUUAUCUCUGUAACUAAUUUGUCAAAAUUUGAGUCUAACAUAAGGCGGAGAGAGAAAAUGUCUGAUAGUAAGCCUGCGUUUUUGAACGAUGAGCUCUCGAAACGGACCUCAAUCUUUGGUCUGCGCUUGUGGGUUGUUUUGGGUAUAUGUGUUGGGGCUGCAAUUGUUCUUGUUCUGUUCCUAAUUUCUCUCUGGUUCACCUCUAGACGCAACAACAACAACAAGACGAAGAACAAUUCCUCCAAACUCAAGCUGUCCUCUAACAAACCCACAAUCCCAAUUGUUUCCAAAGAAAUUCAAGAGAUCAGAAUCGACCCUUCUAGGACCCAAAAUGACCCUGAAAAUCCCAAGCCACACCAAGCUCCGAUUCCUGACCCAUCGCAUGAAUCCGACCCAUUAGCCAGAGGCGAACGACAAGCUCUGCCUGUUGACGAUGAAAACCCACUUGCGCACCAGAGAAUUCACAUUGAAAUCGGGAAGGGCCACCGGAUUUCGUACCCGGAACGUGGCGGCGGAGGGGGGUCGUCCCACGGCAGCGGGGAGGCUCGGUCCGGUGAUCAGGUGGCGGUGGCUGUGCCUGAGGUGUCGCAUUUGGGGUGGGGACAUUGGUACACUCUCAGAGAACUUGAGGUCUCGACUAAUGGGUUUGCUCAUGAGAAUGUGAUUGGUGAAGGUGGGUAUGGGAUCGUAUAUCAUGGCGUCUUGGAGGAUAAUACUCGUGUGGCUGUCAAGAAUUUGCUCAAUAACAGGGGGCAAGCUGAGAAGGAGUUUAAAGUUGAAGUUGAAGCAAUCGGACGCGUUCGGCAUAAGAAUUUGGUGAGGUUGCUUGGUUACUGUGUUGAGGGAGCUCAUAGGAUGCUUGUUUAUGAGUAUGUAGAUAAUGGGAACUUAGAACAGUGGCUUCAUGGAGAUGUAGGUCCAUCCAGCCCUCUUACAUGGGAUAUUCGAAUGAACAUCAUAGUUGGAACAGCAAAAGGAUUGACUUACCUGCAUGAGGGGCUUGAGCCCAAGGUUGUUCACCGUGAUAUCAAGUCCAGCAACAUCUUGCUUGAUAAGCAGUGGAAUCCGAGAGUAUCUGACUUUGGCUUAGCGAAGCUCUUGGGGUCCGAGAUGAGUUAUGUGACAACUCGAGUAAUGGGAACAUUUGGCUAUGUUGCUCCUGAAUAUGCUAGUACCGGCAUGUUGAAUGAGAGAAGUGAUGUUUAUAGUUUUGGGAUUCUUCUCAUGGAGAUUAUUUCUGGGAGGAACCCAGUGGAUUAUAGCCGUUCUCCAGGGGAGGUGAACCUAGUUGAGUGGCUCAAAACUAUGGUUACAAAUCGGAAUGCUGAGGGAGUUUUGGAUCCCAAAAUACCUGAGAAGCCUUCUUCUAGGGCAUUGAAGCGUGCCCUUUUAGUAGCUCUGCGAUGUGUAGAUCCAAACGCACAGAAGAGGCCAAAGAUGGGCCAUGUGAUUCACAUGCUUGAAGCUGAUGAUUUUCCCUUCCGAGAUGAGAGUAGAGCUGGACGAGAACGUAUGCGUGCACAUCGUGACAGUAUGAAGGAGAGGUCUAUGGACAAGCGUGUGGUUGAAUCAGGUGACAGUAGUGGGUAUGAUAGUAGCGUCCAAAUCAACAGAUUGCUGUGGAAGAAGCAAGAAUCUGAAGAAGAGCACAGGUCGCUGUGGAAGAAGCAAGAAUCUGAAGAAGAGCACUAGCCUUACGGAACCCGUAUAAAAGUUGAGUCGUUGUCCUUGUCUACAAGUCUUUGCCUCCAGAGCUGGCCUGGUGUGUAUAUAUUAUUGACUCCACAUGUAUAUGUAAGUUACAUAAGUGACUCUAGAUUUUUUCUCAGCACCUUUUUUAAGCUCAUAGGCCUCUACUUAGUUUUUUUUAAUUUUUUAUUUUGAUUUCUGUCAUCAUUUGAAUCCACGGGCUAUUCUACAAUGGACAGAAGUGAAUGUAUAGAGUUGCAGUGAUUCAUUCCACAAUCAAUGUGCUACUAUAAUUUGGCAGAA